AUGUUUCAUGGUGAAGAGACGACCAUGGAAGAGAGCACAGAGGACGACCUUGAGUCUCUGAUUGAAAGCUUGGAUUUCAUACCGGGACACUUUCACCUGCCGCUGAACCUAAACAUCGAGUCAAGUGGGCCAUCCACCCUGCGUCUGCGUGACAUACAGAUGAAGCGAGAGAACUUACGAGCUGAGCUGGAGCUUGAGAUGGGUAGAAUGCAGUAUGCUGUGCGAAACAUGCUGGGCUUGCUAGCUUACCAUGUUGAUGAGCUGGAAGAAGCUGAGGAGAUUUUCCGUAAUAUCUGCCAGGAGGAUCCAGGAAACCUUAAUGCUUGGGCCAACCUGGCUCACGUGUAUGAGCGGCUCAGACAGGAGAAUAAGGAGAGCGAGUGUUUAGAACGUGUAAAAGAACUCAUGGAUAUGGAGACCAGUGAGAGCCCAACAGAGGGCAGGAUCAGGGCAGCUUGGUGCCUGACGGAGCAGGCUUUCGCUCAGCUUCAUGAUGUGGAGAUGGAGAGAGAGGAAGACCUGCAGGAACGACUGACCUCUGCCCUCACCCUGUAUAACCGAGCUCUCCACUAUGGUGGUGACCUGGUACCGCAAGAAGAGAAGUGGAGCUGGUAUUUUAAAAUGGCAACAAUUCACAUAAGAUUAUAUGGAUUUGCCAAUUAUUCAAAGGAUUUGGAAGACGCCAAGCUUGCACACUUUAACAAAGGUCUGACAUUGCUAGCGGAGAUUCUUAAUUCAGACACGACACACCUCAAAGCACUUGCCUGGUGUUACAUUGGUCUAAUGCUUGAGAGGAAAGACGAGUUCUCCACCGUCCCAAUGUCAGUUCAUGACUGUGGCCUGUCUGGAUCUGAGCCGCUGUCAUGCUACGGAUCGGGAAUCAAACUGGCCACAGAUGACGCAUUUACAUUGAAUCAGCUAGCCAAUGUCUUUUUUCGCUCAGGCAAGCAUGAGAUGUCAAUGGGCAUCUGUAACAUGGCCUUAAAUGUGCUGCCUGAUGCAGAGCUAAACUGGAAAGCGUACUGCACUCGAGCUAAGCUUAAAAUCGCAAGCUUUGUGAAGGCCUUGGACCAAGCUAAGUUGGGGCUGAGUGGGAUUCCUGAUCGUCAGGACUUGAGAGAUGCCCGAGCUGACCUUGAGCGGGUGCUGAGUGUUCAGCCUUGUCUCAGUACUCACCUGGAGAUGGGACAGGUCUACUACUACAUGGGUGUGGAUGCCGUGAAGGAGAGUAUAAUGGUGGAUGAGAUGGCAGUGAAUCAGGCUUUGGUCAGCCUGGCACAGGCCCUGAAGUGCCCACUGGGUUCCUCUCUGCCAGAACUACAGCUCCUCCGUGGCCGCUGCUUGCUGCUGAAAGGAGAAGAGGAGAAUGCCAUCGACUGCUUUAGACAAUCGCUCGAGCUAGAACGACCUGGAAGCUGUGAGCAGCAGGCACUGCACUUUCUGCUAGAGGCUCUGUUGACCAUCUUCACCAAAAGCACAGGGGACAUGUCUCACAUUUUUUCCCAAUUGGAGGACUGUGUAAAGCAGGCUGAGGAGAGACAUGGCAUUGACACAGUCCGGGCAGAGCUUAGGCUGUUAUGCAGGACAUAUACUGACGAAGUGGCAGAGCUGUCAAGGGAAAUGGUCAAGAGAGGGAAGCUGGGAAUGGUGAAGAGACUGCUGAAGAGCAUACAGCCCCAGGAUAAACUACCUCUGGGCAGAUCUCUGUCUGUGUAGGAGGAAGAUGAUGAAGAGGACCUGUAAGCAUUGGACAACCUGGGACUGAAUUAUACCUUAUGUAAAUGCUUUGUGAAGGGAUUUUCAAGGGCUUUCCUGGACUGCUCAGUCAUUUCAAAUAUAAUGGUUACUAUUACUGUUGAAAAAAAGCAGUAAUUUAACAAAUUUACCAGAUUAAAAGAAGAACAAAAACAUUCCUGUUAUUGCAACACAAUGAAACAGUGACAUUCUAAGUUUUAAAGGGGAGUAUUUGCUGUAUGUGCAUUUUUCCACCUUCUUAUUCAAGAAUGUGGUUAAAUCUUUUUCUUAUAAACAAUACACUGAUGAAAAUAAAUAAAUAGAGUCACAGGUUACUGGUAUGCUUUAUGAAUAAAUAUAAAGAAAUUAGCUUAAUUUUAAAAAAAAGUUGCUGGAGGAUACUAAAUACUAAAUUCAAAAUGUAACUAUUAUGUGUAUAUAUAAAAGAAAAUAUCAUCACAACACAUCAAAAUAACACAAGAUCAUGCAGUAUUUGCAGAGCU